AAGCAAAAGAAACAAAAAAAAUGGCAGGUCACGGAUCAUCUUGUGGAGCAUGCAAGUUCCUAAGGAGGAAGUGCAACCGCGACUGCGUCUUCUCGCCUUACUUCAGCUACGAAGAAGCAUCGUCCCAUUUUGCAGCGGUCCACAAAGUCUUCGGCGCAAGCAAUGUCUCGAAGCAUCUGCUUCAAUUGCCUCUACAUCAAAGAAGCGUCGCUGCUAUCACCAUCUCCUACGAGGCUCUUUCACGCAUGCGUGAUCCUGUUUAUGGCUGCGUUGCUCACAUCUUCGCUCUUCAUCAACAGGUGGUGACUUUGCAAGAGGAAAUUGAGUUUCUUGGAUCACAGAUGACGAAUUUCUCAUACUCUAAUCAAAACGGAUCACAACUUAACAACGUACCGGAGUUUGUGAAUCAGAUGACAAUGGAUACGACCAGUUUCGUCGACGAGAGUCUUUUGAACUACAAUGAAGAAGGAAGAAACUGCCUUGAUGGGUUCUUCACGAACUCAGAGGAAACGCUCGUGAAUCAUACAUGGCUUCAGGACAUGGAUUAUUAUUACGCACCACAUAAUUAGACACGAACUGGAAAUGAUCGACCCAUAAAAGAUGGAAAGCAUGCAUGGUUUUGUUGUUAUGAUAAAUCUGGUUUUUGUAUUGUUUCUUUGUCGGUCUUUUUACAUUCGCCUUACUUAUCAUAUGCAAUUUGCUAAGGGUUAAGUAGAUCUUAAUUCCCCAAUUAAAAUUGGAUUAUUAAAAAAUAUGUAUUUAGUUUUUUUUUAAUGAUGGGUCUCUCUAUAUGUAAAAAUGUUUGUUUAUCAUUGGGUUAUGUUCUAAUUGAUGUAAUG